AUGCAAGCCAAGGUAGGGCUUGAGCAGUACAUGUCCUCUAGUGGGGCCCCGAUUGUGGAGCGAGGGUGCUUGGGCUGGAGUUUAGGGGAGCUGCGAGCGAGGGGCCCAUCCCGAACAAGUCGCUCCGGUACCGGGGACAAGUGUGACAGGAAUCAGCAGGAUCACUUGGCCGUCAUGGACAGCCCUUACCGCCACGAGCUCGAGGUAGCCCUCGCAGUAGCCCAAACAGCUGCCCGCAUUAGCCGCGAGGUUCUUGCUGCCGCACAGGCUGAUGCUACCCCGGGGACUUUCGACCUAGUCAAGGACGACCUGAGUCCGGUUACUGUCGCCGAUUUUGCUAUCCAAGCCCUUCUCACCCGCACCCUCCGGAAUGCCUUCCCGGACGAUGGAUUCAUAGGCGAGGAAUCAGCCGACGAACUGAGGCAGAACCCAAGGCUAGCGUCCCUCGUGCUCGCCAUCAUCGCACAGUGCGCGGGUGACACCCUAUUCCGUGACGCCGAUGACCUCUGCGAUGUCAUUGAUUCCUGCACUACGCUCACGCCGGGCCCUGGGAGGAUAUGGGUGUUUGACCCCAUCGAUGGCACCAAGACAUUCAUUCGCCGUGAGCAGUAUGCCAUCAAUAUCGCCCUACUCGAAACUGGACGCCAGGUCUUGAGUGUCGUGGCUUGCCCUCUCUUAUCGGUGGACGUCACGCCUCCGGUAACGGACGGGACCGUCGACCCGACCGGGAAGGGGUGUGUUCUAUAUGCACUUCGCGGACAUGGGGCUCACAUUAGGCCGUUGUUGGGGGACCAUGGCGAGGCGCAGGCUCGGAGGCUUCCCCGGCACGCCGAUGACGCAACGUCAACCAGUGACCUUCGCUCUGUCACCUGCUGGGCUUUGCUCGAUUCCGGUGUCGAUGUGGUACACAAGGGCGUGGCCGAGCUGCUGCACGUACCAUUUCCGGGUAACGACCUGCUGGGCUGGGUUCCCAGAUGGGCCGUUCUGGCCGUCGGCGCUGCCAACAUGACUGUCUGGGUUUACAAAAAGAGGGACCGGUACGCCAAGAUAUGGGACCAUGCCGGCGCCAUGCUGUUGUUUGAGGAGGUCGGGGGGUUGAUCACUGACGUGCACGGCAAAGAAAUCGAUUUGACAGCGGGGAGAAAACUUGAGGCCAACUUUGGGUUCGUCGCAGCUCCGAGGAGCCUGCAUCACAUUGUGCUCCGGGCGGUGCAUGAUACGCUUAAGGCGUCCGGGAAAGAGGCGCUCCUUCAAUAG